AUGACGGAGGACGAGAAGUCCAAGGAGGAGAUGACGAGAGUCGAAACUCUGGGAUUUAAUGAACUGCUGAGCUAUGCAGACGCAUUGGAUUGGAGCCUGAUGGUUUUGGGGACGUUGGGUUCCAUUGUGCAUGGUAUGGCUUUUCCAGUUGGAUAUCUGUUGCUUGGCAAAGCUCUCGAUGCCUUUGGGAACAACAUCAAUGACACUGUUGCCAUGGUUAAAUCCCUCAACCAGGUUAUUCCAUAUGUGUGGUACAUGGCCUUCGCCACAUUCCCAGCUGGAAUACUUGAAAUUGGAUGCUGGAUGUAUUCAAGUGAAAGACAAGUGGCACGUCUAAGAUUAGCAUAUCUAAGAGCAGUGCUCCGCCAGGAGAUUGGAGCUUUUGAUACAGACUUAACAAGUGGCAAAAUCAUUACUGGAAUUAGUAACCACAUGAGUAUCAUACAGGAUGCAAUUGGAGAGAAGUUGGGUCAUUUUCUGUCAUGCCUUGCAACUUUCUUUUCUGGAAUUUUGAUUGCUGCCAUAUGCUGUUGGGAAGUGGCACUGCUUACCUUUUUGGUUGUCCCGUUGAUUCUUAUAAUUGGAGCCACCUACACAAAGAAAAUGAACGCCAUCUCCGCCGCAAGAAUGCUUUACCAGUCAGAAGCUACGUCUAUGGUAGAACAGUGUAUGCAUUUGUUGGAGAAAAGUCUGCAAUCAAGUCUUUCUCAGAGUGCAUGGGGGAAACAGUAUUUGCUAAGCAAAGGAGAGGCUCUAAUAAAGGGAGUUGGAACAGGAAUGCUUCAAUCUGUGUCUUUUGGUUCUUGGGCUCUCAUCAUAUGGGUUGGUGCUGUUGUAGUCACUGCCACGAGGGCAAGCGGUGGAGAUAUUAUAGCUGCUGUCAUGAGCAUUCUCUUUGGAGCUAUAUCACUCACUUAUGCUGCACCAGACAUGCAAAUCUUCAAUCAGGCAAAGGCUGCAGGAACUGAGGUUUUCAAAGUCUUAAACAGAGAGCCAGUUAUAAGUUAUGAUUCAAAAGGGAAGACACUUAAUGAGAUUUAUGGCAACAUUGACAUACAUGAUGUGCACUUUUCCUACCCAUCCCGGCCAGAGAGAGCCAUCCUUCAAGGAUUUUCAUUGUCAAUCCCAGCUGGACAGACAGUAGCCUUUGUGGGCAGCAGUGGGUGUGGGAAGAGUACUAUCAUCUCCCUUGUCGCAAGAUUCUAUGAUCCCUCAAAAGGGGAGAUUUUGAUUGACAACCACAAUGUCAAGGACCUUGAUUUGAAGUUCCUGAGGAAAAACAUAGGAGCAGUUUCGCAAGAGCCAUCACUGUUUGGAGGGACCAUCAAAGACAACAUGAAAGUUGGUAAGAUGGAUGCAGAAGAUGAAGAGAUCCAGAAAGCAGCAGUUAUGGCAAAUGCACACUCUUUUAUAUCCCAACUUCCAGAUGACUACUCAACAGAGGUGGGGCAAAGGGGUGUCCAGUUAUCAGGAGGACAAAAGCAGAGAAUCGCCAUAGCUAGAGCCAUUCUAAAAAACCCUCCAAUUCUUCUGCUUGACGAGGCAACAAGUGCUCUUGAUUCAGAGUCAGAGAAGGUGGUUCAAGACGCCCUUGACAAGGCCAUGCAGGGAAGGACAGUCAUCUUGAUCGCACACAGACUCUCAACUGUCAUUAAUGCGGAUAUGAUUGCUGUUGUUGAAAAUGGCCAAGUUACAGAAACAGGGACGCAUCAUAAAUUGCUUGACAGCAGCAAAUUCUACAAUAACUUGUUUGCUAUGCAGAACCUCAACCCCGUUCAUGAGUCAAGAGACACUAGUUCCUCUCAAGAACCUGCCAACACCCAACAGAUUUCGCCCGAAGAGAUAGAACAAGCCAGGGAACCUAGGGAGCCUGACAGCCAGCUUAAGGAGUCUCCAAAGCAUGAAGAACAGGAAAGAAGAAAAGCAGCUAUAUUCUUCAGAAUCUGGUUUGACUUGAACAAGCGAGACUUUGGAAAGAUUGCUCUUGGUUCCUUUGCAGCAGCUUUCUCUGGCAUAUCAAAGCCUACCUUUGGGUAUUUCAUUAUAACAAUCGGAGUAGCAUACUACGACAACGAUGCUAAGAGGGAGGUCGAACAUUAUUCAAUCAUCUUUUCUCUAAUAGCAUUUCUGUCAUUAUUCUCUCACACCGUGCAACAUUACUUCUUUGGAAUGGUUGGAGAGAAGGCCAUGACAAACCUGAGACGAGCUCUCUAUUCAGGUGUACUAUGCAAUGAAAUCGCAUGGUUUGAGAAACCUGAGAACAACAUUGGUCCGCUUACUUCACGGAUCAUCAAUGACACCUCAAUGGUUAAAACCAUCAUUGCUGAUCGUAUGUCUGUUAUUGUUCAGUGCAUCUCCUCCAUACUGAUUGCAACAAUUGUGAGCAUGUAUGUUAACUGGAGAAUGGGCUUGGUAGCUUGGGCUGUGAUGCCUUGCCACUUCAUUGGUGGUCUGAUUCAAGCCAAGUCUGCUAAAGGAUUUUCAGGUGACGCAGCUGCUGCACAUUCUGAACUUGUUACUCUUGCUUCUGAGUCUGCAACCAACAUAAGAACCGUUGCAUCCUUCUGUCAUGAAGAUCAUAUACUCAUAAAAGCCAAAAUAUCUCUGGAAAACCCCAGGAGAAAGUGCAGGAGAGAAAGUAUUAAGUACGGCAUAAUUCAGGGUGUUUCCCUUUGCUUAUGGAACAUCGCACAUGCUGUUGCAUUGUGGUAUACAACAGUGUUGGUUGAUAGACAUCAAGCAAGCUUUAAAAAUAGCAUAAGAUCAUACCAGAUUUUUUCUCUUACAGUACCUUCAAUCACAGAACUAUGGACACUGAUUCCCACUGUCAUCUCUGCCAUCAGUGUGCUAACUCCUGCAUUCCAGACCCUUGACCGCAAAACUGAAAUAGAACCAGCUAUACCAGAAGAUUCAAAUCUUGACAGAAUCAAAGGGAGCAUCGAAUUUCAAAAUAUCAAGUUUAAUUACCCUUUAAGACCAGAAGUAACUGUCCUGAACAACUUCAGUUUGCAAAUUGAAGCUGGAAGAAAGGUGGCCUUUGUUGGCCCAAGUGGAGCUGGGAAAUCUUCUGUAUUGGCCCUUCUGCUCAGAUUUUAUGAUCCUAUGGAAGGAAGAAUACUCAUUGACAGAAAGGAGAUAAGGGAAUAUAACUUGAGAUGGUUGAGAAGACAAAUAGGGUUAGUUCAACAAGAGCCUCUUCUUUUUAGCUCCUCAAUCAAAGCAAAUAUCUGCUACGGGACCGACGGGGCUUCUGAGGCUGAGAUUGUGGAGGUGUCUAGGGAAGCAAACAUACAUGAAUUCAUAAGUAAUUUGCCUCACGGAUAUGAAACAGUUGUUGGGGAGAAGGGCUGUCAACUUUCAGGAGGACAAAAGCAAAGAAUAGCCAUAGCUAGAACACUGCUAAAGAGGCCUGCAAUUUUGCUCCUGGACGAAGCAACAAGUGCCCUUGAUGCUGAAUCUGAGAAAUCUGUUGUGAGUGCACUGGCUGCGAUAAAUUUGAGAAACAAUGGGGGCAUGCUGUCAAAAACCACACAAAUUACAGUCGCACAUAGGCUUUCCACAAUAAUAAACUCAGAUACCAUUAUCGUCAUGGAUAAAGGCAAGAUUGUGGAGAUAGGUUCCCACUCAGCCCUGAUAACAGCAUCUGAGGGAGUUUAUUCAAGAUUAUAUCAGCUACAGAACUUGGCAGAAGAGUAA